UCAUGUAAGUCAAGAUUUUGUGUAUCAUUUUUAAACUCAAUACUUGUGUAAUAAAUAUCAUUAAUAAGCCUCCCAUAUUUUAUAUAAUUAUACAUGUAUAUGAUUAUGAUCAAACUGUAUCAAACAAUCUUAACUCGUUUUAUGAUUACAUGUAUCAUAACUGUUAUCACUUACAACUUUAAAUGACUUUUCAUUAUUUGUGUCCAUUAAAAAAAAUUCAUGUUUAUUGUUACUUUUAUUUUUUUUAAAGACAAUCAACAAUCCAGAUGGAAAAUACCCCAAAUCCGAUGAUCAUGAAGUAAGUCAGGUUUUAGACAAGUUUUAUGUUUUUUUUUCGUACAUCCUAACGUGUGAUUACAAUAUACAAAUUUGGCUUAACUUCCAGUCUCAUUAAAUGUUCAUUAUCAUAUCGACAAUUUCAUUUUAUAAGGUUUUUUGUGUCAACACCCCUGUUCGGAAUCUAAUUGAAGUGGAUUAUGAAUUAAGUGCUCCAAGACAUACAAUUUCUAGAGUAUGUUAUUUAAUUUUAUAAGUACAUUUGUUAUACCAUUUUUUGGGUCAUUACUUUUAAGGUGUUGUUACUUUUACGAAAUUAAUAGGUAAAUCAAUCAAGUUUUGUAUUUGAUAUACCCCCACAAAAAGUGCUUAGAGUAUCUAAAAAAUCUCAUGAGGAUGAUGUUGAACAAAUGUCAUGUCCAUUCCCUAUCCGUAUUUUGGAUCACAUGAAAGUGACAAUCGAUUCACAGUUUGAAUUGGACGAUCAAUUCAUGCCUAGUCUCAAUUCUAUAAAUAGUAGCAUCGCACCACAUUCAACUGUGAUAAAAGGACAUACUGAACAGCUGCCAACAACAAUUGCAGGAUGCAUUACAACAAAGGAAGAUCAGGUCACUAUCGAUGUCCAAUUGGGUACGAACGAUGAAAAUUUGAUGAUAGUUCAACCUAUCAGCAAUAACGAACAGACGCCAUUACCUACGCGUAGGAAUAGACGUCUAGGUCUUAUAAUACAUCUCCGUAUCUGACCAAUUUUGGAUCAUCUACUGGUACAGUAUUCUAUUAUUUUAAUACUUUUGUUAAUUUAAUCAUUUUUUUAUUACUACUGUUAGUGUGUAUUUAAUUUAUAGUGUUUUGAACCAUCUCAGGUAGUUCAUCAAGUCAGCCCCACAUUUUUGAAUUGAAACACCCUUUUAUAUUUGUUUUGAUAUCUGGCGAUUAUGAUAUAACAUUGUGGGAUGCGUUUCGUUCAUGAAUCCGAGAUGGCUUACUUACAAAGCAUGACAGAAAGUAAAUCAUUGGUGAAUAAUUACAAGAUAUUUUUAAAACAUAACUGUUUAAAUUUUUGUAUCCGGUUAAAUGUUUGUUUGUGUUUCAACAACAGUUAUUGUUAGAUGCAGCUUAUAUAUAGGUUUUCUUAAUUUUUUUUGUAUUUAAAUGUUGAUAGUAAUUACUUUACUUUUUUAAUGAAUGGUAUAAUGUUUUUAUUUUUAUUCUGUUUUUAGGAAGCAUGAUCAAGACCAUUACAAGAAGAAUCUGGCUGAAAUUUCUGUGGCCAUUAACCUUGGCAUUCUCAUAGUAGACAAUAAGAAUUGCUUCUAUAAUAUGUUUUUCAAAGGACAGUUAUUGAACAAUUUGGUAAGAGAUAUUUAGCAUUUAUAUUUACAAACAAUGAUUAUUAGUAGUUAUAGUAUUUAUACAUUUGUGUUUAAAUUUGUCAGCGUGUUGAUGUGAUUUUAUAUUAUCUACGGAAAAAAGCCAAGUAUGAUGUUGGAGGAAGCUAUAAAUACACAACUUUAAAUUGUGUAUUUAGUUCAAAGAUCUCUGCUAUUUGGGAAAAAUGUUUGGAUUUAGAUAGCGGUGUUGGUUGUGCCGAUGAAGAGCAUGUCAUUGGUGAAUACAUUAGAGGGUACAAAAUGCAUGCUGCUACACCUUGGCAUAAGAUCGAUUACGUUUUUGUUCCUGUCCACGUCAAGGAGAAAUUUCAUUGGGUGUUGGCUGUGAUAUCAUUUAAUGUUAAGUGUAUCAACGUGUAUGACUCAUAUAGGGCAGCAGGUCACGAUGUAGCUAUCAAGGCAGAGAUAGUUAAACUGUCUCAGUUGAUCCCUUUGAAGUUAUCAGUCAAUGAAUAUUACAACAAUAAAGGAAUUGAUGUAUCGCAAGCUCAACAAGAGAAUGAGUUCUUUAAUGUAGUAUUCAUAGAUAAUGUUCCUCAACAGUCGCAUGAGUCUCUGGAUUGCGGUAUUUAUAUGCUAGCUUUUGCCGAAUACCUAUCAUACGGCCAAGGUAUUCCAGCGAAUAUUUUGGAUGCAUCGUGUUUACGGUCAAGAUAUGCUACACUUCUUUGGAAUUAUGGCCAAUAAAAGAAUGAUGCCGGAGCAAUAAGUGACAAUGAA